AUGGGUACUGGCGUACGAACUAAACGACAGUGGCAUUGGGAAAAAAUAAGUCAAUUAAUGAUGUUGCGACGCAGUUUGUUUCGUUUAUUGAGGCUGCGAAAUCUUGUAUUUGUAACGUUACUAGUCAUCGUGUUAUAUUUAGUAAAGUCAUUGAGUUAUUCUGAGUCUGAUAAGCUAAUUGUUAGAAGAGAAGCUUUAGCUCACUCAGAUGAGCUGAUGAACCAUGAUACUGCUGUACUACAUGCUCCACCCGAUUUGAACAAGGCUGUUAAUAAAGAGAACCAUUUUGUACCAAAGAGUUUGAAGAAAAUAGACUGGCAUAACUAUGAACAGAUAAGCAGUGAGAGGAAACGUGUGGGUAUUGGUGAACAAGGUCUCCCAGCGCAUUUACCAAAAGAAGAAUCAGAUUUAGAAGAAUCAUUGUAUUCAGUGAAUGGUUUCAAUGGUGCUCUAAGUGAUAAAAUACCAUUGAGCCGUUCAUUGCCAGACAUAAGACAUUCAGGAUGUAAAAAAAAAAUGUAUAUCGAAUCUUUGCCGAGCGUCAGUGUGGUUGUACCGUUUCACAAUGAGCACUGGAGUACGUUGUUGAGGACAGCAUAUAGCGUGCUGUACAGAUCACCAGAGCAUCUCAUUAAGGAGAUAUUUUUGGUGGAUGAUGCUAGUACCAAAGAUUUUCUAGGGAAAGCAUUAGAUGACUACCUAGAGGGAAACAUGCCUAAAGUGAAAGUGAUCAGACUGCCGAAACGCAGUGGACUGAUCACGGCUCGGCUGGCGGGCGCAGAGCGAGCGACGGCCGACGUCCUGAUAUUCCUGGACUCGCACACGGAGGCCAACGUCAACUGGCUCCCGCCCCUGCUAGAACCCAUAGCCCUGGACUACCGGACCGUGAUGUGUCCCUUCAUUGACGUGAUAGCGUUCGAUACCUUCGAGUACAGGGCUCAGGACGAAGGUGCCAGGGGAGCUUUCGAUUGGGAGUUCUUCUACAAAAGGCUUCCCGUCCUCCCUAAGGACGAAAAGAAUAUGCCCGAGCCCUUCGAGAGCCCCGUGAUGGCGGGCGGUCUGUUCGCGAUAUCGCGUGCAUUCUUCUGGGAGCUGGGCGGUUACGACCCGGGCCUCGACAUAUGGGGCGGGGAACAAUACGAACUCAGCUUUAAGAUAUGGCAAUGCGGAGGUCGGAUGCUGGACGCGCCGUGCUCCCGAGUGGGUCACAUUUACCGGAAGUUCGCCCCGUUCCCGAACCCCGGGCACGGAGACUUCGUGGGAAAGAACUACCGGCGGGUGGCCGAGGUGUGGAUGGACGAGUACGCGGAGCACCUGUACCGGCGCCGCCCGCACUACCGCCGCAUCGACCCCGGGGACCUCGCGCCGCAGAAGCGCCUCCGGGAGAAGCUCAACUGUAAGCCCUUCAAGUGGUUCAUGACUCAGAUAGCGUUUGAUUUGACGGCGAAGUACCCGCCCGUGGAGCCUAAGCCUUUUGCCGAGGGAAAGAUCCGCGCGGUGAGGGCGGGGGUGGGGGCGGGGGGGCUGUGUGCGGACGCGGCGCACGGCCCGCAGCUGGCCGCGCUGCGCCUCGCGCGCUGUGACGUCACCACUAACGCAGAGCAACACUUCGUGCUCACCUGGCACAAAGAUAUCAGAUGUAAAACGCGGAACAUGUGCUGGGACCUCCCGGACUCGUCCCCCGGGAGCCCCAUAGUGUUGUACGCGUGCCACCUGGGGGGCGGGAACCAGCUGUGGAGGUACUACCCGGAUACGAAGCAGAUAAAGCAUGGCGGACACUCGAACUGCGUGGACCACGACCCGACCACGCUGCGGCUGCACAUCAGCCGGUGCGACGCCGCCGCCGACACGCAGCGCUGGACCCUGGACACCGUGGACGCCGAGCUGCUCGCCGCCUGGGACGCGCGCCCCGACCGCGUCACCGGGCCCGCCCCCGAGCACUAGUCGCCAGCGUCAGCCGCUAGCACCAGCCGCUCGUACCAGCCGUUCGCACCUGCCGCUUGAUCCAGAAACUAGCACCAGCCGCUAGCACUGGCCGCUUGCACCAGAAACUAGCACCAGCCGCUAGCACCAGCCGCUCGCUCGAGCCGCUUGCACCAGAAACUAUCACCAGCCGCUCGCACGAGCCGCUAGCACCAGCCGCUUGCACCAGAAACUAGCACCAGCCGCUAGCACCAGCCGCUAGCACCAGCCGCUAGCACCAGCCGCUAGCACCAGCCGCUAGCACCAGCCGCUAGCACCAGCCGCUAGCACCAGCAACUAGCACCAGCCGCUAGCACCAGCAACUAGCACCAGCCGCUAGCACCAGCCGCUCGUACCAGCCGCUCGUACCAGCCGCUCGCACCAGCCGCUGGCACCAGCCGCUCGCACCAGCAGCUCGCACCAGCAGCUCGUACCAGCAGCUCGCACCAGCCGCUCGUACCAGCCACUCGCACCAGCCGCUGGCACCAGCAACUAGCACCAGCAACUAGCACCAGCCGCUAGCACCAGCCGCUCGCACCAGCCGCUAGCACCAGCCGCUCGCACCAGCCACUAGGACCAGUCGCUCGCACCAGCCGCUAGCACUAGCCGCUGGUAAUAGCCGCUGGCAUCAGCCGCUUGCACCAGCCGCUCGCACCAGCCACUAGCACCAGCAACUAGCAUCAGCCGCUAGCACCAGCCGCUAGCACCAGCCGCUGGCACCAGCAACUAGCACCAGCCGCUCGUACCAGCCGCUCGUACCAGCCGCACGUACCAGCCGCACGUACCAGCAGCUCGCACCAGCCGCUAGCACCAGCAACUAGCACCAGCCGCUAGGACCAGUCGCUCGUACCAGCCGAUAGCUCUAGCCGCUCGCACCAGCCACUUACACCAGCCGCUAGUACCAGCAACUAGCACCAGCCACUAGCACCAGCAACUAGCACCAGCCGCUAGCACCAACCGCUAGUACCAACCGUAGCUACAAGCGAAACAAAAGCCGUCACCUGCUGCCUACCUUGCCUACCUAGUCGACGGCUAUAGCAAUAAUAAAUAAGGUUAGAGCAAUAAUAAAGCCGUCGACUUUACUAGGUAGCAUAAAUGUGCUUAUAUGUAGCUACACCGCUUAACCGAAUAGUGUUCGGGAAGCGAUGCGGCCGACACCGAAAUAUAACUGUCAUAAGCUUUGUAUGAAGUCAGCAUGGAUGUGUUUGUGUGUGUAAUGGAAUCUCCUGCUUAUAUAUUAUGUUCAUAAAAAUUGUUAAUUUUGAUACAUCUGGCACCGUGGAGCUAUUAGUACACACGUACGAGAACGUUUUAGACUCGCAUAUGUCGAGAACAUUCUCGGGGUCAAUAGAAAUACAAUACAACUGGAACAUUUGAGAGACGUUUCUAGUUGUUUCGAUAUCCGUUCUUGCUCUUGAACGACAGAUGGCGUUACCCGUACUAGCAAUAGACAGGUUUUCCCAUAUAAGUUGAAGAUGUUGUUUUUAAGACGGGCAGGAAAUUGCUUCCUCUAUAUCAUUAUCAGGAGCCACCAGGGAAGUCAAGUAGUUGAGUUGACCACUGGUCGAGUCUGUAUAAUAAAUAAACAAAUCGUUGGGUUAACAAAACGUUCAACGAGUUAUUUCUACAUCAAUAUAAUGUGUCGAUAUAUAUAAAAAAAACGGUGCGCGGAAUGAAGUGAAACUUCUUUUUCGAUGUGUGUAGUAUUGUGGUUUUCUUCGUUUUUUAUUCUUAAAUCAGAUUGCUCUUGUAAUAAGGAAUGCUGCGUUGGCCCAUAACAGGUAUACUACGCGCAUGCGUUCGAGUGCCGCGCAUUCACUCUCGCUCUGUCUCUUUCUAUUCCCCCUCCCCAGGAGCGUUAAACGUUUAACGCAACCUUGUCAGAAGUCGCAUUAGAAGUUUUAUUUCAAUAUAAGAGUUUUUGGUAUAACUAGUCAAAGGAGUUCAUUAAUAUUUAUAAUUAAUAUAAUCCAAAUAAUUCACUGGUAUUGUUCCUAUGUUCUUUUUUUCAUUUCCCACGGCCGAUCUCGUCUCUAAUCGUCCUUGUUUGCAAAUAUUACGAAACUGGCGAGUUCAAUACUACGUUGAUGUCGGGUCUUGGACCCUUUGAACGGGUCGCUCUUAAUCUAAGUGCUCGCGCUUUCAAUAUAGGCCCCGCUGAAGCUUAGAAAACAUUCAUAAAGUGAUGUGAAAGUUGCGUUUACGAUCAAACGCAGCAAUGUAUUAUGUUGCCUUUAGAUUGCUGGUCACUUUUAGUGUGUGCAAUAAAAAGUAAUCAUUCCUUAACGAAAAGCAUUUAUUUAUGUUUUAGAAAUCACCCAAUACUAUAUCGUCUUCUCGCAUUAAAACUGUAUAAUCUCAAAACUUACUAAUUUUACAGGAGAGCGUUUUAUAGGUCUUAACAUGUGAUAUUUUUAAUAUUAAUCAUCUUUGCAACAUUUAUUUUUUAUUUUUUAUCAGUUACAUUAUUAUCUGUCUUUUAAAGAAAGAUUAUGUAUUAAUUUUCUUAAUAGUCAAAACAUAGGUAACCUAAAAAAAACUAAAACUAAACUACGCUCUUUUGACCGUAGAAAAAGACUGGUGAUGCCAAAUAAUUCCACAUAUUAACUCAAUUUCGAAUAUUUUAGGGAAUUGUACACUUUUAAUGCGAAAAGACGAUAUGUCAGUGUUAUGUAGGUAGUACCAGAGAAAAAAAAAACGAAUAAAGUCCUUUUUAUUGUACUUAUUUACCUGCCAUAUAAAAUUUUGUAGCGUUAGUUUAUAAUGUUAUGUUUAGAAAGUUAAAGGUUUUAUUCAAAUAUAUUAUAUAUGACGGAUAGGCCGGUUCCAUUGUGUUUUUAAAAUAAUGAGGUCAGCGUUGCUGACGCUAUUCUUUUUUUUUUUAUUGCCUUUGUAGGCAGACGAGCAUACGGCCCACCUGAUGGUAAGUGGUCACCGUCGCUCAUGGACGUCAGCAAUGCCAGGGGCAGAGCCAAGCCGCUGCCUACCAUAAAGUACUCUCCGCAAGCCUCGUUUGAAGAAGGACAUGUCAUAGCGCUCGGGAAACACCGUGGAGGGGAGCUCAUUCCAUAGCCAAUCAUCAUUAUUAUUGCCUUCCAUAGUGACAGUAAUUAAGACUCACUUUUCCAAUUAAUUACAUUUAUUACAUUUCAAGUGUACAGCGAUAACAUGUUCGAAAACUAAUCUAAGACAAAAAAUAAUUUGUUUUCAAUACAUCUAUUAGAGGAUUUUGGGCAUCGGCGACUACAGAAUUUGUAAAGUUUUAUAUUGCAGAAGGCAACGGGAAACCACUGCACUUAUUACCCACGAGAGUCAUGAGCAGGUCGCAUCCGACUGAUGCAUGACCACGACCACUCUGUCAAGAGUGUACGAAUAGGAAGAAGAAGAAUAUUGUUAAAACGACUUUCAUUUGAUUUAGGAUCGUGAGGCUUUUACAAUGGCUGAUACGAUUUCGUUACAUUUGAAAACACAUCGCAAGGUCUAAUUCACUUGUGAUUGAUUUUAAUCCCAAGGUAAAGUGUCUAGGUACCUCUUGAAAUUAGAUCCUUAAAGUCGUAAGUGCCACUUUUUAGAUAAGCAGUUUUUUUUUGUAUUGCGUACAACUCCUUCCGUAUGCUAUGCUAUUUGUUGACAUUCAAAAAAUUUCAGUGAUAACAUUUUUAAAAGUUGUCUUCAUAAGUUGUUAUGACGUUUUGUGAAAACAAACUAUAAAUUAUAAUACAUAUUUAGUUUAAUUAGUAGUAAAUUAUAAAUAUAAUAUUUUAAAUGCAGGUAUAUCUGUAUGUUGUUAUGUACGAGUAUUUGUCAAUCAUUUGAAUUUUCGAUUUUGAAAAGAAUUGUGUUCGAUAUUUUAUAUAUUUGUGACAUUUUAUUUAAUCACUAGUUUUGGUAUGUGCACAUGUAAACUGUCGGGAAAAUAAAAUAUUUUUACAAUUUA